AUGCCUCCAUUAAUAGCUCCCUUUCCUUCCUCCUCAGCUCCUCCAUCCAUCUCAACCCAGUAUUCAACCUGGUACUCAAACCUCUACACUCGGUGGAUCCCAACCUCCAUAACCAAACGACGCUAUAGCAAGCUCCCCCAAUACCCAGAUCAAGCCCAAUCUCCACAACCAAGCACAUCCUCACUCUCCAACCCCACAAUGAAAGCAACUCGCUUCUCAAAAGCCCGAUGGCGAACCUACUGGCUAGCCCUAGUCCUCUGCUGCGGCGGAGCUCUAUUUGGUUAUGAUUCCGGAGUAAUAGGCGGGGUGCUCACAUUCCCAUCCUUCGAAGCAAGCUUCAACAUAACCAAGUCCCAAAAAACAAGCAUAAGCGCCAUAGCAGUGGGAAUCCAACAAGCCGGCGCCUUCGCCGGCUGCUUUCUCAUCUGGCCAAUAACAAACAGGCUCGGCAGACGCUCUGCAAUGAUGAUUUGCUCGGCUGUCUUUUGCAUAGGUGUUGUUCUCGAAGUCAUCGACACCCACUCGCUAUCGGCCUUUUAUGUCGGCAGGGUAAUCUGUGGCUUGGGCGUUGGUGGGUCUGCGACUGUGAUACCCAUCUACAUGUCAGAAAUGAGUCCCAAGGAGAUCCGGGGGCAGUUGGGGAGUUGUUAUCAGCUUACUUAUACUAUUGGCAUUCUUGUAAGUUAUUGGAUUGAUUAUGGGGUGAAGGAGAUGGAGUCUACGGCGAGACAGUGGCAAUUGCCUAUCGGGCUGCAGCUUGUUCCUGGUUUCUUGAUGGGUGUUGGGGUGUUGAGUCUGGGUGAGAGUGUGCGGUGGUUGCUGGCUGCAGGUCGGGAGGAGGAGGCUUGGAGGAGUCUUGUUUGGAUUCGGGCUGGAGAGGGGGAGGAUGUUGUUGGGGAGUUUGAGGAUAUGAGACGCGGUCUGGAAGAGGAAAGACAUGCUACUGCUGGGUUCAGGCUGAGGGAGUUGCUUGAGUGGAACAAUUUGCAUCGGUUGCUUAUUGGUGGUGGGCUGUUCCUUGCGCAGCAGUCGACUGGAUCGACUGCGUUGGCGUAUUUCGGGCCUCAGUUUUUCGCUAUCCUUGUUGGAGAUGGGGAUCGUACGCUCUUACUGACUGGCAUCUUUGGUGCGGUCAAGGUUGUUGCUUGUUCAAUCUUUGUGGUCUUCUUGUCUGAUCGCUUUGGAAGAAGGCCGCUACUAAUUAACGGUGCUGCCUUUAUGGCUAUUUGCAUGAUCGCUACUGCUGCGGUCAUCAAGGCUUAUCCGCAGCCUGGGAAUGGGACUGUCACAUCUUCGGGAAUUGCGACUGUUGCUUUGAUAUACCUGGACAUCAUCGCUUACAACUUCAGCUGGGGGCCGCUGCCUUGGCCGUGCACAAGUGAGAUCUUUCCCACGCGCAUUCGGGAGCCGGGGGUUGCAUUCGGCGUGGGAUCGCAGUGGCUGUUCAACUUUGUUUGGAGUUUCUCGACGCCAUAUAUCCAAGCGGGCCUUGGAUGGGGCACAUUCCUGCUGUUUGGUUUGUUAGAUGCGUUCAUUGCCAUUGGAACAUUCUUCUUCCUGAAAGAGACUGCUGGCAAGUCCCUGGAAGAGAUCAACGACAUGUUUGAUGGAAUUGAUCCCGAUGCCGAGCAUGGAUGGAAAGGAGUCACAGUCGAGGGCUCUGCCCUUGAUAAUGCUGAUACAUACCAAGAUGCGCAGACUGGUAUCGAUACCAAGUCGAUUCAAUCCAAAAGUCGGUCUAGACAUGUCGAAUAG